CCAUCAGAAAGGCUGUUGUCUUUUAGUUUGAAAUCAUCAGAGCACAAAGACCAUAUGCCAGUGUGAGCGUUGCGGAGUAACCUGAACUGUUUAUCUCUGGUGACUACACACGCAUUUUCACACCAGUCGCCAUUCAUUCAAUGUCUCUGCCCAGUACCAGAAAUUGAUCAUAGACCUCAGUGAUGGACAACACAGACAGCAUUGGCCGCCCACCAUCAAGGCGUGCCCCUCUCACAGAUGCCACGACCAGAGUCAACAAUUCACCAGCACGACCAGCUACACGAGGUCGUGGAUACGACGACCAGUUGAAGGUCUCGGAUGCUAUGACUCCUCCAGUCACCCCUACCUCUACUGGAAGGGCGGAAAACAAACGCCUAUCAGCAGUAACUGAAGCUGGGUCGAACCGUAACUCCGCCAUAUCGACAGCAUCCACCACUUCUGGAAAGGGACGGAGAAAGACACAUGUCGGACCAUGGCAACUUGGCAAGACCCUUGGUAAAGGGGCUACGGGCCGUGUUCGCCUAGCCAAGCACGCAGUUACAGGUCAAGCUGCUGCCAUAAAGAUCGUUUCGAAGAAGUCUGCGGCAAUGGUGCAGAGUGAGAGCAUUGCAGCGAUGGACCGAAACGCGGGUCUCCUGGCGGGAGCUAUGGGUUCAGCUGGAGCGAGACCAAUGCCAUGCGGUAUUGAGAGAGAGGUGGUAAUUAUGAAGUUGAUUGAACAUCCCAACGUGAUCAACUUAUACGAUGUCUGGGAGAACAGAGGCGAACUAUAUCUCGUGCUUGAAUACGUAGAAGGUGGAGAACUUUUCGAAUACGUCUCGACCAACGGUCCUCUACCAGAGGAGGAGGCAGUUCGCCUAUUUCGACAAAUCAUUGCCGGGCUCGCAUACUGCCAUCGAUUCAAUAUCUGCCACCGGGACCUCAAGCCAGAAAACAUCUUGCUGGAUGCCAACCACAACAUCAAACUUGCUGACUUCGGAAUGGCCGCUCUACAGCCAGCAGGAUACUGGUUGAACACAUCAUGCGGCAGUCCACACUACGCCGCUCCUGAGAUUAUCUAUGGACGCAGAUAUCGUGGCGAUAAAGCAGAUAUUUGGAGCUGUGGGAUUAUCCUCUAUGCCUUACUGACUGGAUUUCUUCCCUUCGAUGGUGGCGAUCUACCAAACACUCUACGUCUCGUGAAGAAGGGAGAAUACUUCCUGCCACGCUCCCUCAGCUUGGAAGCAGCAGAUAUGAUCCAACGUAUCUUGCAGAAAAGACCGGAAGAUCGGAUCAGCAUAGAGAAGAUGUGGCAGCAUCCUCUCCUGAAGAAGUACGAGACACUCCACCAAGCUAUGUCUGACUCUCCAGUCGGUCUUCCGCCACCACUCUCCACCAAGGCCUGUGGUCCGCCUGUUCCCAGCCGCCAGGACAUUGACAUGGACUUGCUCCGUAACCUUCAGACAUUAUGGCAUGACGUUAAGCCGGAGGUCUUAAUCGAGAAGCUGCUCAACAAAGAACCUAACCAGGAGAAGAUGUUCUACUAUGCUCUUGUUAAAUUCAGGGACGAGCAACUAGAAAAUUACCAGGGACAGCCUCUGGAGUACUCUGCCAGUGACUAUCAUCACAUUUCACGCUCAGCCGUUCGGUCAGCCGUCAAGAGGACCCAGAACAGCCGCGGUCAUGGUUCUCUCUCUCGUAGACGUUCACAGUUCUCAGUCAUCCCCGAAGUCAGCCGCUUCGGCUCUUUGAAAGAGGCAAGGGACACGCCGAAAUCGACACGCACCGUGGAGAGCUAUGACCCGUAUAGGCCCUCUAAGAACCCGAUAGGUACCCCGCAUGUGGAAUACGCCAAUGUCACCGUCCACCGAAGGGACUCAGGGCUCUCAGAUUAUGAAGAUAUAGCUGAUGGUCCUGGAAGUAGCCCCAGUCCGGCUGAAAAGAUGAGCAAGCCGGAAGAGGCCCCCAUGCCUUCAAGUUCUUCCUUCGAGCUCCUGCGUACGAACAAACCCAAGAGCGCUGCACGGUCAUUCCACUCUCGCAGCUCCAUCUCCAGUGCUCGCCCUGGGUACAGCCCGAUGCCAAGCGGCCGCUCUGCCAGCUACAAGAGAAAUGUCUCGUUCCGUCACGUUCGUAACCGGUCUCAGGGUGGUAUGUCUGCUAAGGCAAAGGCUGCCCAGGUUCAGGCGAAGGAUGUCCCAGAGGUGCCCAAGCUACCUUGUGAUGGAAUGUCACCCGAAGGAGAUGCUAGUCCUGCACUACCAUCACCGAAGGCAGUCGUUCGAACCCCUGUAGCGAUCAAGCCUGCUGCUGAAAUGAGGAUUCGUGACCCUAAUCUGUACUGGAAGGAGGAUGCUCGGAAAGUCUCCAACGAGCUCAGUCAGAUCUGCGAGGAAGCGUUCAACAGAUCCUCUGUGUCCACUCGUCAUACUGCUUCUAGCAGCCAAUACAUGUCGAACUCCGAGACGCCAGCGACGUCAGUUUCUCUCUUGACGCCAGAAAACUCGCAGCAGUUGAUCAUGAACAGCAAGUCGAGUGGAAACACUCUGCAAGAACGUGCAUCGGAACGGUUUGACUCGAAGACCGUUAACGAUCUUGCCGAAACGCGUCGUAGACUGAUCGAACACUCCACCAAGGCUGGGUCUGAGAAACUGCCAGAAUACCUGUCGGAUGUCAUCUCGCAUCUGGAUCGCCUGAUUGAACAAGACAGGCCGAAACAAUACAGAAACAAGCAGUCCGAGAAAGCAGACGAGAACGAGCCGUACAGGCGAGCAAUCUCCGAUCCCAUCACAAAGCCAAACGUUGAAGGGGUUUAUUUGCCUUGCAUCUCCGAGGAGCUGCUCUCCCCGAUGGACAGCACUCCCGAUCUGGACCUCAACUUUGUUGAUCAGAGGAAACCCUCAGAUUCCAGUCGACGUUCUGACGGCAAGAUCACCAAAGACAAGAGAGCUACUAUCCGCAUGGUCCCUCAGGACUCCUUCGGUUCUCUCGAGGAAAUCAAGCCACUUACCAUUCGGAAGAAGAACCAGCCUCCACGGUUGGCGAUGACGCCUCGACACAGCUCUGCUGAUUCUUACAUCCAGCUGCACAGCCCUGAGAGUCCCACAUUCGACCAGCGGGACAGAUAUGUCUCGGGCGGUUCUCGUAACCGCUACUACCUUGGUCUGGAGCCGAUUGAGGAGAACCCGAGGUCUCCACGGCGCACCGACGGCAAGGGUCCUGGUGAAGGCAAGAAAUGGUCGUGGUUCAACAAGUCUAGGUUCGAACCUCAUGGAGAACGGCCGCCUACUCCGCCGAAGGAUGUCAAGGCUGUUCAUUCUAGUGACACGAGCAUCGUUGUGCAGGAGUGCCCACUUACUCCUGUAGACUCCCACGACGAUGCCCCAAACACGCUUAAGAAGAAGCAAUCCUUCGAGAAGAGCAGCAAGGGAGGCUUCCUUAAGAUGUUCAGCAAGAAAAAGGCGAGCAAGCCGGCCCAUGAAAUCAGCACUGGUGAGAGCGAAGCUGGUGAUGUUGAUUCUGUGGUCACUGGUCCUGCAGUCAGUGAAGCUUCUGAGCAGCCCGUUAAUCGCCGCAAGUCUGUGAGAAGGCCCCAUAAGUCGGGUAACCCGAACUGGUUUGCUCGCUUCUUCCAUGUUAAGCCAGCUACUCGUGUCGUGGCCUUGAACACAUCGAAGGUGAAGGGCCGAAAGGAUGUGUACAAGACCCUGAGGGACUGGCAGCGAUAUGGUAUGGAAGAGGUCCACUUGGACAAGGCCAACAACGUAAUCUACGGUCGUGUGGGACAAGUCAACUUCCUCCGUCUACGUCCUGUUGAAUUCUCCGCAGAGUUCUUUACCGUGUUGGAGCAUGGUCGUCAUGCAAACCUCAGUCUUAUUCAAUUCCGCCAGGAGCGAGGAGCGGCGUCGUCUUUCCACAAGGUCGUUGACAGCAUGCAAGUAGUGUUGAAGCAGCAUGACCUUCUUGUUGAGGAUCCGGCGCGCGCGAAGAAAAUGGCCAAGGUGCUUGACCAUCUGUCCUAAGCAGUUGAUCCUGCGGUCAUCCGAAGCAGAGGAAUCCUACUUUUCAUCAUUCCCCCCCCCACUCGUUCGCAAAAUUCUGCCAUUCGUCUGGCCUUUUCAGGAGUUUCUUGUUCAGAGCGUUUUUUCCCUUAUUUGGUGCCUCGUUUUCUUGUCCUCCACUUGCAUAGCCAUAUUUGGCGUUCCUUCAUUGCCUGA